UUUGGGGUUUUUGCGUCAAAGUUCUCUCCCUCUCGAUGCAUCUUCAUCUCCCUCAGCCAGCCGCUUCUCAUCCUCUCGCCCAUUGUCGCCGGUAGAAGUAAGUCGCGCGCCCGUCCGUCCGUUUUCCGUUGCCCGUACGUGCUGCUGUUCGCCGUCCUUCGCUACUGUUUUCCACCGUCCGUCGCUGCGCUGCUAUCUUCCGCCGUGCGUCCCCUUCUGUCUUCCGUCGCCGCCGGCCCGCCGUAGAGAGAGCUCAAUGGAGGCGGAGAAAGUGGUGCUUCUUCCUACCACUGAAGCUGGUCUUGAACCACUUCAUUUUCUCAAAUGUACCGACCCGCCUCUCUGGCUUGCUCCGAACCCUUCUCUGUCUAAAGUUGCUCGCCUUGCCUCACAGAAUUUGUUUUCUACACUUAAAUCAUUCAGCCCUAAAUCUCCAUUUGAUCAUCUCCUUGUUGAUGGAUUUGAUGCUGAGCAGAUAUGGCAACAAAUUGACCUACAAUCACAACCUCUUUUGGCAAGGGUUCACCGGGAUUUGAAAUGGUUUGAGAAGAAUCCAAAAGAAAUUUCAAACUUGAAGGUGGCUUUAGUGAAUAAGAAGAAUGUUGUUCAAGAGAUGGUCAACGGGUUGGGGGAAGAAAGUGAUGAUUUUGAAGAGGAUAUAAAGGAGUUUGAUGAAGAAGAAGAAGAAGAAGACGAGGACAAGGAUGAUGAGGAGGGGGAAGAGAACUAUGAAGAAGACGAAGAAGAAGAAGAUGGAGACGCCGAGAAGGAAGAAAGUGAUGAUGAAGAUGAGGGAGAAGGAGAUAAUGAUGGGAUUGAGGAUGGAUUUCUUAAGAUAAAAGAGCUAGAGAAGUUCAUGGAGGAGGAUGAAGUAAGAGAAUAUGGUUUAGAGGAGAAUAAAAGUAGCAAGAAGGAAAAGAAACAAAGGAGGGAGAGAGAAGAAGAAUCUGAUGACGAUGAAGAUGAGGAAGAUGAUGAGCUUGGGGAGUUUGACCUCCAUGAUGAGGAGGAUGAAGAUGCUAGCAAACUGGGAAAAGCGAGAUACAAAGACUUCUUUGGUGCUAAACAGAAGAAUUCUGGAAGAAGAAAAUCCAAAUUGACGGAUGGGUCAGAGUCAGAAUUCUCAGAUUCAGGAGAUGAAGAGGGUGAUGAUGAAGCACGUGAUGAACAGAAGUCAGAAAAACUUUCAACUCAUCAAAAACAACUUAAGAAGCUUCAAUCUCAAAUAGAGAUGAUGGAGAAAGCAAACUUGGAGCCGAAAACGUGGACCAUGCAGGGAGAGGUAACUGCUGCCAGAAGACCAAAGAAUAGUGCUCUGGAAGUUGAUCUAGAUUUUGAGCACAAUGUGAGACCAGCACCAGUAAUCACAGAGGAAGUUACUGCAACAUUGGAAGAAAUGAUUCAGAAAAGGAUCCUUGAGGGGCGUUUUGAUGACGUUCAGAAAGCUCCUAAGCGACCUACAAAAGCACCCAGAGAAAUUAAAGACUUGGAUGAGAAUAAAAGCAAGAAAGGUCUCAGUGAAUUAUACGAGGAAGAGUAUGUUGAAAAGACAAAUUUGGUUACUGCCCCAUCAUCAUUCUCGGAUGAAACGAAGAAAGAGGCGAGCAUACUUUUCAAGGAACUUUGCUUGAAGUUGGAUGCUCUUUCCCAUUUCACAUUCGCUCCGAAACCUGUCAUAGAGGAUAUGUCUAUAGCAGUGAAUGUCCCUGCUUUAGCAAUGGAAGAGAUUGCUCCUGUUGCUGUCUCGGAUGCGGCAAUGCUUGCUCCAGAGGAAGUUUUUGCGGGCAAAGGUGAAAUCAAAGAAGAUGCAGAACUUACACAAUCUGAUAGGAAGAGGAGAAGGGCCAACAAGAAAAGGAAAUAUAAAGCCAUGGUGGCAAAAAGAGACGCAAAGAAGCCAAGAAAUACUACAGUUUCAAAUACCAACGCAGGCCAAUGAGGAUUCUAAUUAUUUGGCGCUUCUCAAGUCUUUUGACCAUCAACAUUUCAAGAUGCUAAGUGAAGGGGGAUGAUAGAAUUGGCUACUUAGCUGAGGAAUGAGAGUAUUGGUAUUUUUCAGAUUUUGCGCGUGCGAUACAUGUUUCCAUAGCUCGAGGAUGGUGACUCGGGUGUUCUGCCUCCACGUAUUAUUCACUUGUGGCUGGCUUCCAGGAAUAGUAUAUUGAUUGAUGGGUUGAAAUGUGGUGAUAUUGUUAUAUGUUCCUUACUGAUCUGUAAUUCUUUUUACAUCUGCCUCUCAGUUUCCAUCAUAAGAGUGUUUGGCGACAAAUUGCAAGAAAAAUAUAUAAAUCCAUCUUGAAGUGA